AUGAAGGAAACUGUAUCUCUCCAAGCACCUAAAGUCAUAAAGAAGCUCCAGUUCAGUCUUCUAAAUGCCCAGGAUACAGUGAAAAUAUCAGAAUUUCAAGUCACUCAUCGUGAUCUUUACACCCCUACGGACCGGCUGCCAGUCAAAGACGGAGUUCUAGAUCGACGAUUGGGGACAACGGAGAAAAACACUUUCUGCGAAACAUGUGGUCUCUCAUCGGUCGACUGUGUGGGCCAUUAUGCAUAUAUCAAACUUGUGGUCCCUGUAUUUCAUAUCGGAUACUUCAAACACACAAUAGGUAUCCUUCAGUGUGUCUGCAAGACUUGUGCUCGUGUACUUUUAGAAGAACCUGACCGACGUGUAUAUCUCAAGCGUUUUAGAAGACCCAAUUUAGAGAAUAUUCAGCGCCAGUCUCUCUCCAAAGCUGUCAAUACUAUGUCAAGGAAAUGUGUCUACUGUCCUUACUGCUCUGCCACAAAUGGUGCUGUCAAGAAAGCAGGAGCAUUAAAGAUCAUUCAUGACAAGUUUCGGGCGAAGAAGACAGCAGAAGAGAUGGAAAAGUGGAAGCGUACAUUUGCUCCUGCUGUAGAAGCGCAAAAGGAACUAGGAAUGUAUCUCAACAAAGCCGUUCACGAAGAUUUGAAUCCAUUAAAAGUUCUGGAUCUUUUCAAAAGAAUUUCCGACGAGGACUGCGAACUGUUAGGUCUCCGUCCUGCUCAUGGCCGACCAGAGGAGUACAUUUGGCAGUAUAUCUCAGUUCCACCUGUUUGUAUUAGGCCGUCCGUAGCCCAGGAUGGUGCCUCCAACGAAGAUGAUCUCACUGUAAAACUCACUGAAAUAGUGUUCACCAAUGCUCUCAUUAAACAGGGCCUAUCAAAAGGUGCGCCGACCGCGCAAUUUAUGGAACACUGGGAAUUCCUUCAACUCUCUGUCGCUAUGUAUAUCAACUCUGAAUUACCUGGUGUACCAUCUCAACCAGGUCAAAAGCCUAUGAGAGGUUUUGUUCAACGGCUAAAAGGGAAGCAGGGUCGAUUUCGUGGUAACCUUUCAGGAAAGCGUGUCGAUUUCUCCGGCCGUACCGUCAUAUCUCCCGAUCCUAACCUACGUAUCGACGAAGUAGCUGUUCCUGAAAGGGUAGCCAAAGUACUCACGUAUCCGGAACGUGUGACGCCCCACAAUAUUGAGGGGCUUAAACAGGCUGUCAGGAAUGGUUGUGACGUCCAUCCAGGGGCAAAUUAUGUUACUGCUGGGAGCAGUGGGUUCAAGAAAUUUUUGAAAUUUGGUAACCGGAAUGCUGUUGCGGAUACUCUUCGAGUUGGUGACACUGUUGAACGACAUAUCAUCAAUGGCGAUAUUGUUCUUUUCAAUCGACAACCCAGUUUGCACAAGCUCUCUAUUAUGUGUCAUAGGGUAAAGAUUCGUCCUUGGCGAUCAUUCCGUUUGAACGAAUGUGUCUGUGGUCCGUACAAUGCUGAUUUUGAUGGUGACGAAAUGAAUUUGCACGUUCCCCAGACGGAGGAAGCAAGGACAGAAGCAUUGGAACUGAUGAGUGUCAAACACAAUCUUGUCACUCCUCGAAAUGGUGAACCUGUUAUUGCUGCCAUCCAAGACUUCAUAACCGCAUCCUACUUGAUAUCACGCAAAGACACGUUCUUUGAUCGCCGCUCGUUCACGCAGAUUUGCUGCUACUUCGCGGAUGCUGAUAUGCAAAUUGAUAUCCCACCUCCAGCAAUCUGGAAACCCGUCAGGUUAUGGACAGGAAAACAGAUCUUCAACGUCCUAAUGCGUCCUAACAAGGAUUCGAAGGUCUUUGUCAACGUUGAAUCCAAGUGCAACAAACCACAAGAGCCAAAGGCUGAGUUUUAUCCUCGCAUGAAGCCCGCUCCCGACCUGUCUCCCAAUGAUGGUUGGCUGGUUAUUGUCAACAGUGAGAUCAUGUGUGGUGUCAUGGAUAAAGCUACAGUAGGAAGUGGCAAAAAGAAGUCCAUUUUUGGUGUUAUUAUGAGAGACUAUGGCCCUCAUGAGGCAGCAGCAGCGAUGAACCGUUUGGCAAAGCUCUGUGCUCGUUGGCUUGCGAACUUUGGGUUCUCCCUGGGUAUCAAUGAUGUCAUUCCUGGACCAAUCCUUGCAGCGAAAAAAGAUGAGCUUGUUGAGAAGGCAUAUGCUGACUGUUUAGACCUAAUCGCCCAAGCCAAGAAAGGAAAGUUGGAAAACAAGCCAGGUUGCAACCAGGAGCAAACACUAGAAGCACUCAUAUCCUCUGUUCUGUCUAAAGUCCGUGAUGCUGUAGGAGAAAUUUGUAUGAAGGAACUUAGUCGACACAAUGCACCACUUAUCAUGGCGACAUGUGGUUCGAAAGGUUCCGUCAUCAACGUUUCUCAGAUGGUGGCUUGUGUCGGCCAACAAAUCAUCGCUGGACAUCGUGUUCCUGAUGGUUUCCAAGAUCGUUCCUUGCCACAUUUUCCAAAGAAAUCAAAAGAGCCACCUUCUAAAGGAUUUGUUCGCAAUAGUUUCUACAGUGGUCUAAGAGCAACAGAAUUCCUGUUUCACGCUAUCUCCGGUCGUGAAGGUCUUGUAGAUACCGCUGUGAAGACUGCUGAAACGGGUUACAUGCAACGGCGUCUCAUGAAAGCUCUGGAAGACUUAACGACUCAAUACGACCUUUCAGUAAGAAAUUCCACUGGUGGUGUAGUACAGUUCACGUACGGUGACGAUGGGCUUGACCCCGCCUGUCUCGAAGGUGACGCCCAGCCUAUAGAGUUCGAAAGAGCAUGGAGUCACGCUUUGUCCAUCGGUAACAGAAGAGGACGAAGCCUUCUACCUUACGAAGUUCUCGAAAUCGUGGAUCAGGAACUCUCUACUAAGAGGUUUACCACUGAGUGCACAGCCGCUUAUUUAGCUACUAUUCGUGGGUACAUAACGGAUAAUGUUGCGCACACGCUUGCGACAAUGCGACAAAGUCGAGGAAUGUUUGACGCAUUGGAACGCGCAGCUGAAUGGGAUGCUGAUACAGACUUAUCUCUUGGAGCAUCAGAUGCCGACAAAGCCAUAGUUGACAACAAAUCCAAGGUUACAGAAGAUCAGCUUCGUUGUUUCUUGGAGUUGUGUUGGGUCAAAUACGUAAAAGCCAGAAUUGAGCCAGGUUCCACUGUUGGUGCUGUGGGCGCUCAAUCUAUCGGUGAGCCUGGUACUCAGAUGACAUUGAAGACUUUCCAUUUUGCUGGUGUCGCAUCCAUGAACGUGACUUUGGGAGUCCCACGUAUUAAAGAAAUCAUCAAUGCUGCCAAAGCGAUUAGUACGCCGAUUAUCAGUUGUAAACUCGUGACCAGUGAUAGCGAGGCUUCGGCUCGUAUUGUCAAGGGUCGCCUUGAAAAGACCCAUCUUGGUGAUGUUGCUUCUGUGCUUGAGGAAGCAUGGGCACCAGAGUACACUUAUAUUGGUGUCAUCGUGGACGUAGAUGCUAUUCAGAAACUCCAGCUCGAGUUGACUUUAGAUGAUAUCAAAUGGGGUAUCGUUGCUGCCAAGAAACUAAAGAUAAAGCAAGAGUCUAUAACUGUCCUUCCGCGGAAAAACCGCUUGCGUAUUUACAUCGACGGCCAAGAUAAAUAUUAUCGCCUCAGGGAACUCAAGAGGCUAUUACCUGAUGUCGUUGUUAAGGGUGUGCCAACAAUACAACGUGCUAUCAUCAACAUCAAAGAGAAGGAUGAUGCCAAAGGAAAGAAGGGUGACAAGGAACUUUUAGUAGAAGGGUAUGGACUACAAAAAGUUAUGGUGACAGAAGGAAUUGUUGGCGAACAUACAUCUUCUAAUCACGUUAUCGAAGUUGCGCAGGUGCUGGGCAUUGAAGCGGCACGCCGAACCAUCAUCAAUGAAAUUCAAUAUACGAUGCAAAGUCACGGUAUGAGCAUAGAUCCACGUCAUGUCAUGUUACUCGGAGAUGUCAUGAGUUAUAAGGGCGAAGUUUUAGGAAUUACUCGCUUUGGUGUGGCAAAAAUGAAAGAUAGCGUCCUCAUGUUGGCAUCCUUCGAAAAAACUACAGAUCAUCUCUUUGAUGCCGCAGCCUUUGGAAAAAACGACAGCAUUGCAGGGGUUUCGGAGAGUAUCAUUAUGGGUAAUCCGGCUGCUAAUUGUGGAACAUCAAUGCCUGCACUGUUCUCACCUGCUCCAAUAAUAACCAAACCGAGAAAGCUUCUCUUCGAGGGUGCCCUAUGAUGGUGUAGCAUGUUCACGGCAAUCACGAAAUGUAUCUACUAGUAUUAUCAUUAUCACUUCAUUUUGAGGAA